AUGAACUACACCAGAACCUGCCGCCACCUCACACAAUGCGGAAAAAGGAAAUUGGAGGCAUCAUCUACCCAACCCAAGGAAAAGGGGAAGACAGAUUCGUCAGCACUUCUUACUCAUUUGCCAUUUCCCGAUAGACUUUCAAUCAAGGUUGAAACUGCCAUUGCAAGUGGCAAUGUACUGUCUGCAAGGAAACAGUUAAUUGCGGCUGUCGGUCUGGGUUUUUUUUAUGAUCUGGUCACACAUCCUCAACAUGGGGAUUACAAAAGGAUGGCAAUAAGAACAUGCGAAAAAUUUCCUGAACUUAAGGAUGCAAAUUCGUCCACCUUUUGGGUAAGAACUUGUUUGGUUAUAGCUGAUUUCGUAUGAAUGUACAAUAUUUCACUGUGCCUGCAUGGUUGUAUAAACACCGCCUUUUUAUACUUCUGGUUGUAAACAAAAGCCAAUAUAUGGAGUGUGUUUAGUUGUAGGAGUUUCACACCCUGUAUCCUGGUUCCAGAGGAUCUUAAAAGAACGGCGAGGCGAAAAAGCCUCUGGUCAAAUUGGUUGCGAAUCUCACUUCCAUACUUGAUUAGGUUCAGAAAAAGGUACAAAAAAUUUAUAUGCAGAAUUAAAAUUAUUGCUAUAUUUAGUAGGCUAUAAUAUAAUGCAUGACAAUGUUUUUCUACAAACAGCCAAUUACGUGCGAGGUUCAGGGUCUGACCUAAUCAAGUAUCGAAGUGAGAUUCGCAACAAAUUGUCUCUGGAACCAGGGUACACACACUGCAGUGUUGGUCAGAGUUUCAUUUAUCAUUCUCAUUUUCAUACAUCAUCAUCACCACGUUUUCAAAUUUCACCAGUAUAUAUGUAAUUCCAAACACUAAAUAUUUAGUGCGAAGCGAUUACUAAUUGUACUUGUGUUGCUGAUUAGGAAAACCUCGUGUUAUAUUUUCUUCUAGCUUCCAGUCCAGAAAGCAAUUGAGUCGUUUUUUUCGAAAUCACCGCCAGUACUCCAAGGCAGGACCGUCUGAUUCUCAUAAAGCAAAGAAUGUUUCUGUACUCAAGAAGGAAAAAUUGGGAGAAACUGUUGAUGACGAGGCAGCGCAGAAGAGAAACCUUAAGCUACUUAAGGAUUAUAAAGCGGGUUCUAUAUCUGAUAAAACCUAUUGAGUAUUCAAGUUUAGUGGACGAUACCCUCCCUGCCAGGCAGCAAUUCAUCAAAAAUGAAGCAAAUUCCUGUGCCGAGAUUUUAGGACUUUGUCCCUACCUUGGGAAAUCGGAACACGUAAGUUUUAUAGUAUAAUGAGAGGCUAAUUAUAGGACAAAUUUUGGUGCACCAAAAUGGGGGAGGGCUUGUUGUAAAAAAAACAUUUCCAAUAUAUUACCUUGUUUUUUUUUAUUUGCUCAAUUCUUAAGAACAAUUUGUCUUAAUUUAUCACAUAGAUCCAAAAUUAACAGAGCUAGGAUUCAUUGUAUCUGGGAAUUUUAACUGUCUUUGUUGCUUUGUCCCUCCUUCUCUCGGUGACCCUGCACUAGUUGUUGAAACCUGAUAUAUCCUGGUACGAAGGGUUUUUAGACAAUAUUUUCAGCUUUAUGUAUCCACAUUUCAUCUCGGGAUGUAACAGAUCAUCAGAAAUUUUUCUAAAAUUGUUUGUGGUGUUGUACAAUUUAUAGGGGCGUUGCAUGGAUAUUUCAGUGCUGUAUAACACUACUUACUUUUUGUAUCCAAAUGCAGUACUUAAUUUUAAUAUGUAUUUUAUUACAGAUUGGCAGUAAAAGUCGUUACUAUAUGGUUCACUUCGUACAUUAAUCAACUAUAUUGCUUUUACUAUUUUUCAAUUUAGGUGCGGAAAGAUAUGAAGAAAAUAGUCCCACAAUUUGCGAUGAAGAAGUCCAUAGAUAACCUGCGUUCAAGUUUUCAAAAGAUUAUUCGCAAGGAUGGCAAGAUUUCAAAUGCAGACGUGGUGGAUGCUGUUCAAUAUGUUGAGAAGAAUUAUCAAAAAAAGGGAUCGAGUGUUAUCAAGUUCAAAGAUGCAAGUACUGCAAAAUAAAUCCAUUCUUGUACAAACAUCAGGCACAUACACUGGCGAGGGCAAAUCCCACAAAUAAAUUGAAUUUGUUGAAAUCAUAGCAUAUUUUUACCUUAGUUCUUUGAAAGUAUAUAUUUUCUCUUAUUAUUAAUGCGAGUAUUAUUAAUGGCGAGCGGUGGGGUAUCCCCACAAUAAUUUGCGAAAAGCUUUGAUUGACAUCUGAAUAACUGUAUAACAUGAAAUGUAAGGCAAAGAAAGUUUAAUUAAGGAUCUCCACUAACAAAAGAUGGUCCAUAUGGAGACAAACUAAAUCCCCCACCAAGAUUUCGCGAAGAGUCCGCCCGCAUGCAAUGAUUACAAUUGCCAUUCGGUAUGAAUUGGUAUUCUGUGUCAUUUACAGCCGUCCAAGAUAUCCGAUGCUUACUUCAAAGACAAAGAUGUGGAAUUUAAGCUCGUAUGUCUUAGUACAAAGGAGGAGGUAUCACAAGUUUUUGUAGCUGGAGAAGAUGCACUGUCUUUGAAACCAGCACGGAUGGAAUCUCAUAGCAGCAUAUUAUGUUUUUGAUGUAAGCUAUCCUGAGAACAUGCGCGAAGACAAGAGUAAAGUGAUCUCAUAAUUGCUUUUAUAUUUUAGGUGCGAAAAGAGACUAAACGAAUCAUGCCAGAUUUCUCAUUCAAGAUCAUGGAAAGAUUGGGCGACGGAAUCAAGAAUGUGUCGAAGAAAAAUGAAAUUAACAACCAAGUUGUCGUGAGUGCAGUCCGAUUGAUCGAAAAGAAAACUGUGAACCUUUAA